AUGGCACUAAAGUUGAAUUCUUCUCCGGGCUUCGUGACUGUGGUACUUCUCAUGCUCACAAGGACCCACGGAGACUCAGUGACUCAGACAGAAGGUCAAGUGGUCCUCUCAGAAGACGAAUUUCUUACUAUACACUGCAACUAUUCAGCCUCAGGUUACCUAGCCCUGUUCUGGUAUGUGCAGUAUCCUGGAGAAGGUCCACAGCUCCUCUUUAGAGUCUCAAAGGCCAACGACAAGGGAAGCAGCAGAGGGUUUGAAGCCACAUAUGAUAGAGGAACCACCUCCUUCCACUUGCAGAAAGCCUCGGUGCAGGAGUCAGACUCGGCUGUGUACUACUGUGCUCUGGUGGGGAGCAGCGGCUUCAAACUUAUCUUUGGCACAGGAACGAGACUGUCGGUUGAUCCAAAUAUCCAGGACCCAAAACCUGCUGUGUACCAGCUGAGAGACCCUAAGUCCAAGAACAACACCAUUUGCCUGUUCACUGACUUUGGUUCUCAAGCCAAUAUGCCACAAAGCAUGAGUGACGGAGUGUUCAAGUCUAACGGAACUGUGCUGGACAUGAAGUCUAUGGAUUCCAAGAGCAAUGGGCUCAUCGUCUGGAGCAAACAUAAUAGUCUCAACUGUAACGCUGACUUCGCAGUGAACGCCUCCUACCCCAGUGCUGAAGUUCCCUGUGAUGCCAAGUUGAUAGAGAAAAGCUUUGAAACAGAUAUGAACCUAAACUUUCGAAACCUAACGGUAAUGGGACUCCGAAUCCUCCUCCUGAAAGUGGCCGGAUUUAACCUGCUGAUGACGUUGCGGCUGUGGUCCAGUUGAGGUUGGCAAGACUGAAAGAGCCCAAACUCCCAAGCUCCUUCCUCUUCAUCACCCUUCCCCUCCCUCCUCAAGCAGAAAGGAGCCCUCCCACCUCAUGAAGAAGGCUCUCUGUCUGGCUGGCCCCCACUCACAGUCCCACCAACUGGAUCUCCCUAGUGUGUGAUGAAGAUGGCUGGAGAGCUGCUAAGCACUGCUGCGCCCGCUCUGCUCCCUUCCUGCUGCUGGCCGUUCACAGACUCGCCCCCAGCCCCCACGACAGAUCCCCAGGGCAGUCGCCUGGACUGCGGCUCCUGGAGAAUGUUGCAAAGAACAUGUUUUUGUGGGUUUCUCUUUUAAGCAUCCAUAAAGUAAUACACAUUACUUUUUCGUCAAAAUGUAAAAAAAAAAAAAAAAAAAAUUAUUUCAUUGUCUAGACUCUCCCUGCUACUGUGCAUGUAUGUGUCUGAACCUCAUUGUAUAUUUUCCUGCUGCCCAUGACUUCAUUAAAGAUGACUCAAAGAAGCAGAAA